CGCGAACUGCUAGUGAGCAAAAAAAGUUUAAAAGAUAAAACUACAAAGUUAAGUGUUAGAAAAUAAAAAAAAACUAAAAUGAAAAGUUUAAUAUACAUUUUGGCGGUCUGUAGUGUCAUACAAUUAAGUCUAACACAAGUUUUGGAUGGAGGUGCUUGUAAAACCAAUAUACCCACAGUGAAGAAUUUUGAUCCUGCUAGGUAUUUGGGCCGCUGGUAUGAAAAUCAAAAAUAUCCAUUUAUUUUCGAAUUGGGCGGCAAAUGUAUUUACGCUGAAUACGCUUUAAUGGCAAAUGGUGACAUAAGUGUUUACAACUUUAAUAUAAAUCAACUUACCGGUAAACCAAAUGAUAUUAAGGGCUCGGCUAAAAUUGUGGAUAAUGCUAAAUUGAAAGUGAGAUUUAGUAGUAUGCCAGCCUUUAUUGGUGCAGCUGACUAUUGGAUUUUAGAUACAGACUAUGAUAACUAUGCUGUGGUAUAUUCAUGUACAGAUAUUGGCGGUUUAGUGAAUGGAAAAGUUGUUUGGAUUUUAACACGUGAACGCCAUCCUCAGCCGCAAUAUAUUGAACGUGCCAGAAGUGUUAUCAAGCAAAAUGGUCUAUCACUGGGGCCUCUUCACAAAACAGAUCAGAGUGGCUGUGAGAAGAGUCCUGGUUAUAAAUAAAUAAAGGUUUUAAGUACAAUGAUUGUGUAAAUAGUAAUAACAAUUAAAUAAAAGGUUUAGUUAAAGUAAUAAGA